CUGACGUUGUCUCCUACCGCCAGAACUAGUACGAGUACCGGAGCUAAAAAAUUGAUGUGUGUUUUGAGUGUUCAGGGCUCCGAGACAAUUGUUCCACAUCACGUUUCUUGCAGAGGAAGAACACAAAGCCGCAGCAGCGGAGUCGUAAAAUCGCAAGCAGUUCUUACCGUCGCCACCGAUUAUCAUUAAUAUCGGCAGCCCCAUCUAGCCGAAGCGUUUCAAAACCCCAAAAUUCGAUACAGUCUUCCUCCACUAUGAGGUUCUCUGGCAGGCAGAUUUUCUCGGCGGCUCUCUUUUGCACCGUAUCGGACGCCUUUGUCCCCCGUCGAAACAAUUUCCGAGUGGUCGCGCCACAGACGGACGACCAUGCCGCACCACUGCGGGUCCCUUUUCAUCCCGAUUUUCAAGUGGGAGGCAGGGAACCCAUCGUUGCGCUACAUGCGAAGAAGAAGAAAGGAAACGCUAAAGCGGCAGCCCUUGACGCGCUCGAUGCCCUGGACGAUGACUUGAAUGCCCCCAUGUCGAAAAAAGAACUAAAAGAAUUAGAGAAAAAGAAAAAGAAAGAAGAGGCCGCCAAAGCAGCAGCAGCUGUUCGAGAGGAGAAAGCAGCCCCGCCUGCUAAACCAAUGAGCAAGAAGGAAAAAAUGCUUGCUAAAGCUUUGGAGCUUGAGAUGAUGGAUGAAGCGGCGGCUGCUGCUAAGGGAGAAGAGGACGACAAACCAAAGCUCUCGAAGAAAGAGCUCAAAGCCCUGAAAAAGAAGGAAGAAAAAAUGGCAGCCAAAGCGAAGAAGAAAGCAGAAAAAAUGGCAGCAAAAAACGCGGGCAGUGAAGGAGAAGAAGGAACGAACGGUGCCGUCAAUGGAGACGCAGCGCCAGCCGAGCCUGCUGUAGCCGUUCCCGAGAAGAAAGUAAAACUUACUCUCGAAGAUAAGAUUCGCAAGGAACGACCUCCUCCUCGAAUCCGAGUGAUGGAAGGUGCUCAGCCUGGAUUUGUGUCGCUUCGAAUGGAAGAUAUUGGAAUUACCUUCAGAAACCAAGAAGUUUUGAAAGACGUGACUUGGGGCGUCCAGUCCGGUGAAAGAAUCGGCCUUGUCGGUAAAAACGGGGCGGGAAAAACAACGCAGCUGCGUAUUAUGGCGGGAGAACUUGAACCGACAACAGGUGACGUAGUCAAAUCUUCUGGUGAUCUUCGAACGGCAAUGCUUCGUCAGGAAUUCGUCGAUGAAUUGGUCAAAGAACGCACCCUUAAGGAAGAAUUCAUGAGUGUAUUCGCAGAAGAAAACCAAAUUGUUCAAGACCUCAAAGAUGCCGAAAACCGACUCGAAACCAUGAGCGACGCUGAUCCUGAAGAGAUGCAAGAAAUUCUAGAUAGAAUGCAAGAUUUGCAACAGAAAGCUGAAGACAAGGAUGUCUAUGUUCUGGAGAGUAAAGUAAAGAAGACUAUGGACUUGAUGGGUUUCAAUGAUGAUGAAGCAGAUGAUCUCGUUGCGAGCUUUUCUGGAGGCUGGAAAAUGAGGAUCGGACUCGGUAAAGUUUUACUGAAGGAUCCAAAUGUCCUACUACUUGGUGAGUGAAAUGCUUUCAGGAUAGUUAAUUAUCGUACCAUUGCUACCUGCUACCAUGUUUCGACAAACCUGAAACUCACCAUUUUUUUCACGUUCCAUUCUUGGGCUGCAGAUGAACCCACAAAUCACUUGGAUUUAGAGAGUGUUGAAUGGUUAGAAGCAUUCUUGCGGGAACAAAGCAUUCCUAUGAUUAUUGUGAGCCACGAUCGUGAAUUUUUAGAUCAAGUUUGCACGAAAAUUGUUGACGCAGAAGGGGGUAUUUGCACAGAGUAUGACGGGAACUAUUCUCGUUUCCUUCAGUUGAAAAAGGCUCGCAUGGACUCCUGGCAAUCAGCAUACGAUGCCCAAGAGAAAAAAAUUAAGUCAGAACGUCAAUGGAUCAAUAAAUUUCAGGCAAAACAACCUCAGGUUGUAAAACAGAGAAAAGACAAGCUAGAGAAGUUCAUGAAAAGUGAUGAGUAUGUGCAAAAACCUCCAUUUACGGGCAAGCCAUUUAGAUUCCGUUUUCCUCCUGCUCCUCGAUUGAGUCCUGAAGUCGCGCAAGUUGAUGAGAUGAGUCAUUCUUACGAAAACGAAAUUUCGAACAACCGUCUGUUCGACAAGGUUGAUUUAUCUAUCGAGAAAGGGGAUCGAAUUGCAGUCGUAGGGUGAGUGAAUAAGUAUCAUGGCUGUCAUUGUGUUGUCACGUUUGUUGUAAUAGUGGCAUUCAUAAUUUGUGAUGUACGUCAUCAAUUAUCCAACACACACGUUUUAACCACGUUGUUAUCGCAUUCUGUGUUUCAAAAAUCGUUUAUAUCUCUUUAGACCGAACGGAAGUGGAAAGAGCACAUUUCUUCGUCUUUUGAUCGGAAGAGAAGAGGCUGACGAAGGCUCUGCUCAGAUUGUUGGUCAAAAUGUAGAAAUGGCUUAUUUCGAACAAAAUCAGGCUGAUGCAUUGGACUUAGAUAAGACUGUGAUUCAAGUGAUUCAGGGUGCAAGCAACGGACAAUCAUACAACGAGCUCCGUGCCCUCCUGGGACAAUUUCUUUUCAAAGGCGAUGACGUAGAAAAGAAAGUGGAAUUUUUGAGUGGUGGUGAAAAGGCGAGACUUUCUCUCUGUUGCAUGAUGCUUCGAUCAGCAAACCUUCUCAUCUUAGAUGAACCGACGAAUCACUUGGGUAAGUAUUUCUGGUAUGUGGUGAAGCUGAUCCGAUUUCGGCUGUUGACUUAUCAAAAUUUAUAAUUUUCUAACUUUUCAAAUUUUGCACGAUGACCACCCUGAAGAUAUCCCUGCCAAGGAGAUGCUUGAAGAAGCACUUCAACACUUCGAUGGGUCAAUCAUGGUUGUUUCGCACGAUCGAUACUUCAUUUCCAAAGUCGCCACAACAAUUGUCGCCAUCGAAGACAAAAAAUUAACCAAAUAUCAAGGGGAUUACAAGUUUUACAUGGAGAAAAGUAAAGCUAUCAGAGAAAAAAUAGAAGCCAGGUACGUAAAGGGUCUUGAUCGGAUCGGCAGCGCACCGGAAAUUAAUCUCGAGGAGCUCAUCAAGCCGAAGAAGAAGAAUUUUGGAGGAGCAAAAACCGCAAAUCAGGUCACUCGAAAAAAUAAGGGUGUAAAAAAUGCUAAAAGACAACAGCAGAGAUAAUUCAAGUAGUAACAACGAAAAUGUAAUCAGAUCGCAGUUUCUACCCAACCGUUUGAUUCCCAUAAGUAUAUUAAGGGUCGGGAGAUCGAUAUCCUCCAAGACAAAAACAAACCAUGGGAUUGGCAUAACUAGUGAACCAUGGAAGCCAAGAAAUCUCCUACACUGAAGAAAUAUGAGAUAUCAACGUCUCAUAGAGAGUAGUAGAAAGCAUAUCCAUUGCGCACUGCUGGUAUCUCCAAUAGACAAUCUUCUUCAUAGAUCAUCUGUGACGUAUUGUAUGUCAGAGAUUGAUUUGGGGUCACCCACAAUCCAGUAUACAAAAUAUAUUGUUUAUGCAUAG